UAUCUUUCUUUCAUAUUUCUUUGUUACCAACUUUCGUUAAAAAGAAAUAUUAUGAAAGUAUAAUUUGCUCCUACAAAUUAACACUUCAUGUUUAGUCUCAACUCUCAAUGACUAAAUGACCAAUCUCAGUCUUGUGCGGUAAUAAGAUGAUGGUUGUUUUUGCUCAUAUGCUACAUGUCAUUUCGCUUGAUGAUCCAGUGCGUAGACUCUACUCCGCUAUCUUCAUCCGACUCAUUCUGUGCUUUAAUAUUACAAGGCAUUAGAUGUCGAAAGCCACGAAGUUAUUAAAUGCCAAUGGAAAACGGCCACUUGUGAGUGACCCGUCAACAUAUGAUGAAGAUGUAGCUGGGUCUAGCAAUUUUGACACUCUUGAUUGUGACAUAGACCUAGACAGCGAAGAGUCUGAAAAUGAAGGAAUGCUCGAUGAGUCACUUGAUUUUGACUCGGGCAACUUUGAAGAUAAUGAUGCUAAUUUUGACCAAGAGUGUUUCCAUACACAAGCAUAUGUGGAUCUUGGAGAUGCUAAUCACGAGUGUGAGUAUUGUGGAGCCCUUUUCUGGUAUGCUGAGAGGGUAAAGAGACAUUCUGUAAAGCAACGCCCAAAAUUUUCAAUGUGUUGUAAUAAAGGAAAUAUCGUUCUUCCUGCUAUGCAGCAGCCACCUAAAAUUUUGAAUGACCUCAUAUUUCACUCUGAGCCUAGAAGUAAGCACUUCUUG